AUGUUCUUACUGAACUCUACCGGGUUAGGACAUUUAUGCUUUCGUUUGGCCCUGUCCCGCUCAUGGGCUGUGAACACUGAGUCCGCGCCAACGUAUGCAAUGGACAGUCUGGUGGAUCACUUUGACCACUUCUCUUCUCCUGAUUUGUUCGAGUACGCCCUUACUGGUUGGCUUUUAGCCAAACUAAUCCGAGUGGCGCAUCCAGUUGUGCCCCGAGGUUGGUCAACACCGGACCUGUGGGAGUUGUGUGUGGGAUUGUGGUGUUUCGACACGCUGCGUCGACUGCAGUGCAACGCACACGCGAUUACCGAGGUCCAAGAAGAUCUCUCAGAUGUGGAGUCGAUCAGCACUGUUCGUCGUCUGAGUCAAAUGCGAAUAGCUACUGGCCUGUUCCCCAGUGUGAGCAUGUUGAAUCAUUCGUGUGAACCGUCAGUGGUUAAUGAUUUUCAUAACGGUUACAUUAUUUUGCGUUGUGUUAAACCCAUUGGACCGGGUGAUGAGGUUUUCAAUUGUUAUGGGCCGCACUAUGAACAUCAUCCCGACGCGGCAAACCGUAAAUCCCUGCUCCGGGAACAGUACUAUUUCGAAUGUGACUGUAUGCAUUGUACGAAGCCGGACUGUUCGGAGGCGCAUGAACCCAGUGUAAAACAGACUGAUGCUUGGCAAACUGCUCUGACUGUGCUCAACAAUACCAUGGUUAGACGGACUUCCUGUUCGGACGAAGCUCACAAAACCCAUCAGACAGCGCACGAAGCCGCGUCACAGCACAAGCACGCUUGCGACACCCAAGGCAAGUCCCGUCCGGAUUGGGUAAGCGUAGAACGAAUCAGACAGUCGUUGUCCGAUCGACCAAUCAGUGUCGAGAACGCAGUCUGA